AUGGACUCUCUGGAGCCAAGCAUAGCCAAGAGGACUCAUGGAAGAGGGCAGAAAGGGUGGAGAGGCGGUGCGUGCUACAUGGACCGGCGGGAGGGACCCGGGGUGGUGGAAAGAAAUAGUCGUUUAUACUGCUUUUGUGUUACCUACCUUCAGAUUGUCACUUAUAAUGCCCUGCCAUGUAGUGUCCUGUUCCCUAGGGUCAGGCACUUCUGGGAGUAUUAUAUUGUGUGUUGCGUGUGCACUGCUGUUUUGCCCUGCCACUUUAUCCUUCAGGUCACUGGCUCUGUUCAUAUCAGAGAUCCUCUUAAGACAGAAGAUAGAGGGAAUAUGACAUCUCCACCAUUCCCAGAUGCCAGUCCCAUGGAGAACCCAGCACUAUUUAGUGACAUCAAGAUUGAGCCCCCAGAAGAACUUCUGGCUAAUGAUUUCAACCUGCCCCAGAUGGAACCAGUUGACCUCUCUUUUCACAAGCCCAAGGCUCAUCUCCAGCCUGCCAGCAUGCUGCAACCUCCAAUAUUCACUCCCACGCCAAAGCCUGCUCUCCAGACACUUGUAGUGUCCACUUCAACGUCUGACACAGGCACUUCAGCAAAUAUCCCUACUGUUCUGACUCCAAGAUCUAUCCUGGCCUCCUCUCAAGGAACUGGUGGCCAGCAGAUCUUUCAUGUGAUUCACACCAUCCCCUCAGUCAGACUGCCAAAUAAGAUGGGUGGCCUAAAGACCAUCCCAGUAGUGGUACAGUCACUUCCCAUGGUGUAUACUACUUUGCCUGCUGAUGGGGGCCCUGCAGCCAUUACAGUCCCACUCAUUGGAGGAGAUGGCAAAAAUGCUGGAUCAGUGAAAGUUGACCCCACCUCCAUGUCUUCACUGGAGAGCCCAAGUGACAGUGAGGAGAGUCAGAUUAAGAGUGGAUCCUCAGCUUUACAGGGUGUUCAGGGACUACAGCAAGAACCAUCAGCAAUGACCCAAAUGCAGGGAGAAGAGUCUCUUGAUUUGAAGAGAAGACGGAUUCACCAAUGUGACUUUGCAGGAUGCAACAAAGUGUACACCAAAAGCUCCCACCUGAAAGCCCACCGCAGAAUCCAUACAGGAGAGAAGCCUUAUAAAUGUACCUGGGAUGGCUGUUCCUGGAAAUUUGCUCGUUCAGAUGAGCUCACCCGCCAUUUUCGCAAGCACACAGGCAUCAAGCCCUUCCAGUGCACAGACUGCAACCGUAGCUUCUCUCGCUCUGACCACCUAUCCCUGCACCGCAGGCGCCAUGACACAAUGUGA